AUGGGACAAGGCCUACGUUACUGGGUCAACUAUAUUGGUUGGUACAGUGAUCCGGAACUCGACUAUCAUUUGGCCGAUUUGAACGAUUGCCCACAAGAGCAUUCAAACAACUUCCUUGCGAUUUGGGCAGAGCAGACGAACCGUAACACCACAGAAUAUAGCCCCGAACAUUGGCUGGCUGGUAUGACAGCAGUGUUCUGUAUUCCGAGUUACCACGUCCAACAAGCAACAGUCACAGUAAACGCCACGACCCAAGCCAUAGUUCCCAUAGGUAUCGACAACAUAAGAUCUACCAUUCAAUCCUUGGGCAUUGAACUCACCGCAAAUUCUACGGUAUGCAAGAAUCAGGUGGGAGAGAGGUCCUUCACUUACAUAAUACCAUCAACACCUUCUGGUAGAGAAAUCUUGAGAACAGCUGAGAAUCCUACAGUCUUGGCACAUAGUCAAACGGACGACAGGAUCUGCCCGUCGGUCCUCAUGGCUGAAUUUAGUAGGGCAGGAGGUCCAGAACAUUACAGGGGAAACUUCACUGCUGGUCUUGAUCGAAACGUCAGUAGCACCUGGAUCACUUGUUCCCCUUCACUGGAAGUCGCUCCUUUCCAAGUUACAGUGGAUCUGGCGGGUAACAUUUUAGCGUCAAAGCAAACUGGUAAACUCAAUUCUAACAUCUCCUCAUUCUUUACGAACAAUUACAGCCCGAGCACCUUGUAUCGUGACAUGAACAAGCAAUUCACAGCGUAUGGCUCCGUAGCCGAGUGGCACAACGAUACUUUUACUACAAACUGAAUGAGCACUCUUCUCCAAUUGUCUCUAAAUACCACUACAAUCUCCAACCCACACACGGAUCCACGAAAAGCUUCUCUAGUCGCUCCAGCCAUGGAACAUCUAUAUCGACAGCUCUUCGCCACCUAUCUCGCACUUAACCCUACAAUGUUUCUCCCAGCUUCUCCCAGUACCCCAGAUAUGUUGAGAGAGGUCACCUUCCAAGAAACCCGCAUCUUCGUCUCAUUUGUCAAUGCCAGAAUCUCUGUGGUCAUAAUCUUUCUCCACGUACUAGUGGCGGUCUGGUAUUAUGCGAACAGACCGAAGAGAUUUUUGCCAAGGAUGCCGACAAGUAUUGCGAGUGUGAUGGCAUAUGUAGCUGCUAGUCGGGCUGCAGAGGACUUUAGUCGUACCAGGAAUCACGAUGGAAAGGGGCUGAAAUUAAGCGAGGAAAGAUAUGGCUAUGGGAGGUUUUUGGGGAGGGAUGGAAAGACUUAUAUUGGAAUUGAGAAGCAGAGGUUUGUUGUGCCAUUGGAGAGCCUGAAUCCCGACGAGGAGUAA